AAAUCGGCCUUGGGCGUUCAGCCAUAUUAAGUGCUUUCUUCGUCGUCCUCAUAUGUUCAUGUCAUUAAUUUCAGCCAUAUUAAGUGCUUUUCUUUCUUCGUCAUCGUCAUAGAGGAGGGAGUUUUGACUGUGACAUAGGUAGGGGCGCAUCUGGUGGUAUACUAUAUAUAUAAAAAGAGGCAAAACGCUUCGAAACGAAAGAAGAAUAUCUCGCUCAACGACCUGCCUCCGCCCCCUUUAUGUUCAUGCCCCCAUUUAGCCAUUAUGUAAUCAUUGAGGAGAAGGGACGAAAUUCAGUUCCUGUGUUGUUGCUUCUUUGAAACUAUCAGGGGCUUUGGAUCAAUUGAUUCCUUAAUCUCCGGGCUUUGUUGGAUGAUUGUUGCUCUUAAGCUCGGAAAUGAGUCGUCCUUCCGCCAAUAGCAGGCCUUCCCAAGGUAAUAUAGCAAGGCUAAGAGAACUAUUGCGUAAAAGUGAUAAUCGUGUUUGUGCAGAUUGUGGUGCACCAGAUCCAAAAUGGGCGUCAGCAAAUAUUGGAGUAUUUUUAUGCUUAAAAUGUUGUGGCGUGCAUAGAAGUCUCGGAACACAUAUUUCAAAGGUUUUGUCUGUGACAUUGGAUGAGUGGACUGAUGAAGAAAUUGAGUCUAUGGUUGAGGUUGGCGGUAAUUCUUCUGCUAACAAAAUAUAUGAAGCUUUUUUUCCCGAAGGAUUUUCAAAGCCUGGACCAGAUUCCAAUAAUGAGGAACGGGUGAAGUUCAUCAGGUCUAAAUAUGAACUUCAGGAGUUUCUGAAACCUAGUCUGCGGAUUGUCUCGCUUCCUGGAAGGACCUCCUCUCUCCAAUCUAGUUUUUCUAGAAAGAUAUUGGAUAGCUUUCGAAGCGAAAAGUCAGCAACUAAAAUGCAGGAGGGGGGCAUGGUGGAGUUCAUUGGAAUGCUAAAGAUUAAAGUGAUAAAAGGCACAAAUUUGGCUAUCAGAGAUCUAUUGUCUAGUGAUCCUUACGUUGUCCUUACUCUUGGGCAGCAGAAAGUCCAGACACAAGUAGUAAAGAGCAAUUUGAAUCCAGUGUGGAAUGAAGAUCUCAUGCUUUCAGUUCCUCAUAACUUUGGGGCCGUAAAGCUGCAAGUAUAUGAUUACGACACAUUUUCGGCUGAUGACAUAAUGGGGGUAGCCGAGGUUGAUAUUCAGCCGCUGAUCACAUCUGCAAUGGCAUUUGGUGAUCCAAACAUGUUUGGAAACAUGCAGAUUGGAAAGUGGUUGAAAUCGCAUGACAAUGCUCUCAUUGAAGACAGCAUCAUCAAUAUAGUGGACGGGAAAGUGAAACAAGGGGUGUUGCUGAAGCUUCAGAAUGUUGAAUGUGGAGAUCUUGAACUAGAACUAGAAUGGAUACCUCUAGAGCAAUAGUUGUCGCAUCAUUUUUCCUCCAUAUCUACUGUUGAAUAAAACUUUGAUGCAGCUGUUGUAUUGUAUGAAAUAUUUAUACAGCAUUGCAUUUUUUCAUUUUUUUUUGUCUAUAUAUUUAUGUUAAUUACCCUUUUCUGUAA